CUCGCUAGAUAUUUUCUCCCGGUGGGUGGCGCGACCCCAUAUAACACUCGCCGUCGUCGACAAGAGCGUGCAUCCUCCGCAGUCAGCACCGCUACCUUCCGGCCGUGCGGCGAGUAGAUCGGAUGGACGAUCGUCUGGCGGUGCUGGCACGCAGCGAGGGGUGGACGGAGGAGCGUCAUGCGGCGUUCCUCGAGGGCGUCGAGCUCUCCUUCGUCCAGGAGGUCCUCGUAGGAGCCGUCGGCGUCAGCGACGUGCGGCGAGCGUCUCACAGGAUCAGCCGCCGGGAACAACCCCCGGCCGGUGGCCGCGGCCAGCUCCCGCUGGAUCGCCCACUCCCUGACAGCGCCGUCGAGUCCAACCGCCGUGGACCCUCCUCCCGACCUGCGGCUCGGGACGCAAAAUGACGUGUGCUGGACGCUGGAUGGCUAGAGCCUACAGGUUGCAUCUCAUGAAUCGCAAGUUAACCAGCUAGUUAAACUAGCAAGUUAAACUCAAAUUGAUUGACUGAUAAGUUUCCUUCAACACUUCAACGUCCGUGACCUCCAAAGUUCAUUUAAAUGGCAGGGGAAAUCUAGAUUUGUACAACCAUGCCCAGAUCAGUCGUCAGUCCAUGUCAAUAAUGUACCUUUCAUGGUGGGACAUAGUGAGUACGUUGGUGAUGCGCAAUUCGUUUUUAUUGUCUUAAGACCGCUCACUCAAUGUAUUGUGCAUGUUUACCUGGAUAUGCGUGAUAUUUAUGUAACUGGGAUAUUUCUCAUAAACUCGCGGGUCGUGGCCAGUUGGUUCGUGGUUGUUCUGCACUGGGCGAAAAUAUUCAAAAAGACUUUCUAAA